ACGCGUUGCCGUUUGGUUGAAGUGAGCGGAUGAGCACAGGCGAGACAUUCCUUCGAUUGGGGCACAUCUCAAAGCAGAGGCGGGCAGGCGGCCCGAAGUUAAAGUCCAGCGAAUCACCACACUUGGCUCUUAAAGUGAGAUUAGUUUGUGGCACAAAGAGGACUCGGAAACAGUCCGAAAUACUCCCAUUAAAAAGUGUUUAAACGUUGACAAAAACUAUCAAAAAAUAAUCAAAAUAUCAUAAAUAUUAUUAGUAAAUUAAAUCAAAUCCGAAAAUUCCAGUAGUGACUAAAACUCAAGUGAAACAUUCUAUUGAGACCAAAGUUUUCUCUUGUCUGCCAGUUGAAACUUUUUCUAGGCAAAAAUCCUCGCAAAAUAUAACAACGUGAAGCACCGCGUAAUGGGCAACCAAUUUUGGUAACAAAUAAAAAAUACACUCCAUCCAUUGUAUGGGCAUAAAAAAUACUUGAAAGUAGAAGUGGAAAAAACUCGCAAAAUUGUUACAGCAACAACAAAAUACAAACGCAAAAUGCAUUCGAGGCUAAAAUUCUUGGCAUAUUUAUAUUUAAUAUGCGCCGGCAGCAUUUGCUGGCUGCAAUUCAGUGCCGCCCAACAGCAGCAGCAGCAACAAACGGCAUCGUUAACCGAGAAAAUACCAUUAGGUGCCAUCUUUGAGCAGGGUACAGAUGAUGUGCAAUCAGCCUUUAAAUAUGCAAUGCUCAAUCACAAUCUGAACAUUAGCUCCCGGCGCUUCGAGCUGCAGGCGUACGUAGAUGUCAUCAAUACGGCGGAUGCAUUCAAAUUAUCCCGACUGAUUUGCAAUCAAUUCUCGCGCGGAGUCUACUCAAUGCUGGGCGCCGUAUCGCCGGACUCCUUUGACACAUUGCACUCCUACUCGAAUACGUUCCAAAUGCCAUUUGUGACGCCCUGGUUCCCCGAGAAGGUGCUUACACCAUCGUCGGGUCUGCUGGAUUUCGCUAUCAGCAUGCGUCCGGAUUACCAUCAGGCGAUUAUCGAUACCAUCCAGUACUACGGCUGGCAGAGCAUUAUUUAUCUCUACGACUCGCACGACGGCUUACUACGGCUGCAGCAAAUCUAUCAAGAACUGAAGCCCGGAAAUGAAACAUUCCGUGUGCAAAUGGUGAAACGCAUCGCCAACGUAACGAUGGCCAUUGAGUUUUUGCACACGCUGGAGGAUUUGGGUCGCUUCAGCAAAAAGCGCAUUGUGCUCGACUGCCCGGCGGAAAUGGCCAAAGAGAUCAUCGUGCAGCAUGUGCGGGACAUAAAGCUGGGCAGGCGCACCUAUCAUUACCUGCUCAGUGGUCUGGUCAUGGACAAUCAUUGGCCCAGCGAUGUGGCAGAGUUCGGGGCCAUCAACAUCACCGGCUUUCGCAUUGUCGACACUAAUCGGCGGGCGGUGCGGGAUUUCCAUGACAGCCGGAAGCGCUUGGAGCCAUCUGGCUCUGGCCUGGGCGCAGCGGGGGGCAACAGCUUGCCAGCCAUUUCGGCCCAGGCGGCAUUGAUGUAUGAUGCGGUUUUUGUGCUCGUCGAGGCCUUCAAUCGCAUUUUGCGCAAGAAGCCGGAUCAGUUCCGUUCCAAUCAUCUGCAGCGUCGCAGCCAUGGCGGUGGCUCGAGCUCCUCCUCUGGCACGAACGAGUCGAGUGCCCUGCUGGACUGCAACACCAGCAAGGGCUGGGUAACGCCUUGGGAGCAGGGCGAAAAAAUCUCUCGAGUCCUGCGCAAGGUGGAAAUCGAUGGCUUGUCCGGUGAGAUUCGCUUCGACGAGGACGGUCGUCGCAUCAACUACACGCUGCAUGUGGUGGAGAUGUCCGUGAACAGCACUCUGCAGCAGAUGGCCGAAUGGCGCGACGAUGUGGGUCUCCUGCCCCUCCACAGUCGCAGCUAUGCGACUUCAUCGCGCUCUGCCUCCGCCAACUCCGGGGACUAUGCCAAGAAUCAUACGUACAUCGUGACAAGUGUGCUGGAGGAGCCCUAUCUGAUGCACAAGCAGACGCAUUACGGCGAGGAGUUGGUGGGCAACGAUCGAUUCGAGGGCUAUUGCAAGGAUCUGGCUGAUAUGUUGGCAAAUCAAUUGGGAAUACGAUAUGAACUCCGUUUGGUGCAGGAUGGCAACUAUGGCUCCGAGAAUCAGUAUGCUCCUGGCGGCUGGGAUGGCAUGGUGGGUGAGCUAGUGCGCAAGGAGGCUGACGUGGCCAUAGCAGCCAUGACCAUCACAGCGGAACGCGAGCGAGUGAUUGACUUUAGCAAACCCUUCAUGACCCUGGGCAUAUCCAUAAUGAUCAAAAAGCCCGUCAAGCAGACGCCAGGCGUAUUCAGUUUCCUCAACCCCCUCUCGCAGGAGAUUUGGAUGAGUGUGAUCUUUAGCUAUUUGGGUGUCAGUAUUGUGCUUUACUUUGUCACACGUUUCCCGCCCUACGAAUGGCGGAUUGUGAGGCGACCCCAGCCGGAGGCCACGGCCCAGCAGCCACCCGGUAUCAUUGGUGGGGCCACGCACAGUGAGCCAUCACAGCAACAGCCGCCAGUGCCGGCCAACGACUUCAGUCUGCUCAACUCGUUCUGGUAUUCCCUGGCCGCCUUCAUGCAGCAGGGAUGCGAUCUGACGCCUCCCUCCAUUGCCGGACGCAUUGCCGCCGCCGUCUGGUGGUUCUUCACCAUCAUUCUGAUAUCGUCGUAUACCGCAAACCUGGCCGCCUUCCUCACAGUGGAGCGCAUGGUGUCCCCCAUCAAGUCGCCCGAGGAUCUGGCCAUGCAAACGGAUGUGCAGUACGGAACGCUACUCCACGGCUCCACUUGGGACUUCUUUCAGCGAUCGCAAAUCGAGCUGCACAAGAAGAUGUGGGACUACAUGAACUCCAAUCCCCACCUAUCGGUCCAUGCCUAUGACGAGGGCAUACGCAGGGUUCGUACCUCCAAGGGGAAGUACGCCCUGCUGGUGGAGUCCCCGAAGAACGAGUACGUGAAUGCCAGGUCCCCGUGCGAUACCAUGAAAGUGGGCCGCAACAUCGAUGCCAAGGGAUUUGGCGUGGCCACACCCAUAGGAUCGCCCAUAAGAAAACGCCUGAAUGAGGCCGUGCUCACACUGAAGGAGAACGGAGAGCUACUGAGGAUACGCAACAAGUGGUGGUACGACAAGACCGAGUGCAACCCCAAUUUGGACAGCCAGGAGACCUCCACCCCCAACGAACUGUCGCUGAGCAAUGUGGCAGGAAUUUACUACAUCCUAAUCGGUGGCCUGCUCCUGGCAGUGGUGGUGGCCAUCGUGGAGUUCUUCUGCCGCAGCAAGUCCUCGCGCCUGAAGGCCCCGUCCAAUGGCGCCGCCGGCGGGGUGCCUGGCAUGAUGGGCUCCUCUACAUAUCAGCGUGACUCGCUCUCUGAUGCGAUUAUGCACUCGCAGGCAAAGCUGGCGAUGCAGGCCAGCAGCGAGUACGACGAGCGAUUGGUGGGCGUUGAGCUGGCAUCUAAUGUGCGCUAUCAGUAUAGCAUGUAAGCGAUGUCCGAUGUCCAAUGUCCGAUGUCCUGGAUACCAGCAGCAUAUAGCGGAAUUCUUGUAAAUAAUUAAGGCAUUAUACGAUAACGCAUAACUAAACGACGCUGGCAAUCAACUCUCGGGUCUAGUGCGAAUACGAUGAAAGGGGAAUGAUGCCAGGCGGCGUUCAAAAACUGUACAGAAUAAUUACAUACAUACAUACACACAUACAUAUAUAUAUAAUAUAAAUAUAAUUACUAUUAUUGUAUUUUUGAUAAAUGUAUACAAGGGCGUGCGUGCAUAAAUUAACUAAUAACUAAUACUAACACUGUACAUAGGUUAAGUGAAAAUUAUUCCAAAAAAAUACUUAUAAUAAAGCCGUAUGUUU